UGCUUUCACACGUGUGGCCAGCGUAUGGUUUUGUUCUAGAAACCAAUUUGUUACGACUCAUAACUAUCUCACUUUUAUCUCUUGUUGUCAUUGGAUGCUCCUAGUACCACAUCAUAACUUUUCAAGUUGCCCGAUCUCGUAUACUACUCAGCAUAACAUCAUCAUUAAAAUUGGUAUUGGAUCCAUCCGAAAUCACCAUUCUCGUUUCAUAUAUGACUUAGUAAUUUCCACCUGGGAUCUGAAUAAUUCGGUAGUGAAUUUUGUUUUGUCGUUAGGUGAAUUUGUCAUUAAAUCCAAAUCUCGACAUUUGUACAUCACAAGUCCCUGAUUCGCCUGAGUUGACCAAUCUCAAUAGGCUCAUAAUAGUAACAUGGUUUGUAUCAGACGAAAUACAUCUCUCAUACAUGGAUUCAUAUGAUAGAAUUUCUGCUCCAUAAUGAUGAAUUAGUCCCAUUAACAGUUCAGUGCUUUUUGUAUGUAUUUGAGUUAUAUCCUUCAGUAUUAUCUCUUUAGCCGUUUUUUCGGCCCAAGGUUUCGAACUCGCAUUCUCAAACUCAGUUGUGUUGGGAACGUAGUAUAUUUUUGCUCAUACAUACGUACUGUGAACAUCAUAGUGUAACAUUUAUCUGUCUAUUUGUUUCUGUCCGGUUUUCGUUCGAAGCCCUGCGAUCGAAUGAAGUUAUGUAUAUUGCUGACAAAUGUAGUAGGUUUGAUGGAAAUUGAAAUCUGGAAAGAAUGUGAUUGAACAUGUAAACAUCUUUAAACAGAGAUUAUUUUUAUAUUUAUUAGUGAAAAUAAGCGAUAAGAAUUAGUAAUAGUCAGCCGAAAGCUGUGAACAAUUUGGCAAUCAAAACAGAAAAGUACCCUCACAUAGCUUACAGUGACAUUAAAUCUUUUGAAACACUGUUCUAAGUACCUGACAGUGUUUCCCUACGACUGAAAGCUAAACGUUUUCUGCAAUUUUUAAUAUUUGUAAAAUAGUGGGCAUUAUUUCAUCAUAUAUAAUAAAGUAGCUCAUAUCAUUAAUUUUAUCUUAGUUUCCUCUCUAAAUAAUAAAGUCCGAAUAUAAUUAGAUGUUAGAUGUAAUGACAUGCAGCGAAUAUUAGUAUUAGUUUGGGAUCUGCUUUAGACCUCGUAGUUUCUCUAUCAUAUGUAGAAUUUAACACGUUAUCAUCUUUUAGUUAUUGGCAGUAACAUUUGAGUCACGUGAAAUCCUCUCACCAUCUUGAGGAAUGCCUAUUACCGUGUUUUAAGGCUCUAAAGGUAGAUCGAACAUUUUCUCCUGUCUUUGAACUGGCCCUCAGUUUAAAGGAAAAGUUUCACUAAAACACUAUAUAUCUAUCCAAGUUAUUUUACAUGCUGCUUUGGUAUCUUCUGCUUUUUCUUUUGUUUAGUUGAUUUCCAAAUAUGGAAUCUGUCGAUGUUCAUUGUUCUGCCUUGUGCACAGCCAAAAAUCGGCACCUGUCACUUGCUACGUCUACAUAUGUCUCAACUCCAUUUCGUUUUGUAGUUAUUGCUGAUCCACAGCUUGGUUUACUUGAACAGCAUGUGGAAAAACGUCCUCGACCCCACCACUGGGAUAGGGAAGUAAAACUUCAUAUUCCAUUUUUCUUAGAAGAUAUAAAUGAACCAGAUAAUUAUUUCAAUAUACCAAUAAUUUAUCGCAAAGACUUUGUCAGUAAACUUUAUCAGCAUAAAAUUUAUUAUGCAUUUGCUGGUCAUUUACAUAAAAACAAUAUAGCAUAUUAUACCCCAUUAAUAAUUGAUGAAAAUAAUGAUCACACCAAUAACAACAGUACUGAUAAAUCAUUUUCAAUGAUCAGUUCAUCAUCUGUUUGUGUCCAAUUAGGUAAUGAUCAACCAGGAAUUCGUCUUGUGCAAAUUAAUACUAAUAAUAAUGAAAAUGACGACUUUCUAAAGCAUGUCUAUUGGACGUUGAAUGAAUUAGAGGAAAUUUUAAACUCUGGCAAACAACCGGAAAUCUAACGGUUCCUAAACAUUAGGUUAUUUUACAACCUUGUUUUCUUACAAUGUGUAACAUCAUAAUAUUUGUUUUUUUGGAUUGAGGCAUCAUGUGAGAGGACUUACGUUUGUUUUUAAAAAAAGGAAGAAAAAAUAAGAAUGUUUCCUGAAAAUGAUCUGUUUUUUGCCUUUUCCCUAUUUCUUAGCCAUAUGUGUUAUGUUUGUGAUUGGAUCUUCUACGGUUUGUUUUAUUUGCAUCAUUUUUCUCAUCAUUUGAAUUGCUUGGGGGUUUUUUUUCGCUCUUAGUGUACUAUUAAUUUAAUCAUAGAUCCAAGGUUCCAAUAAUUUAUGUUUGAAAGUUGAUAUAUUCAACUGAUAUAUCAUUUCUAGAUAUACAUAUAUACGUUGUUCAAAAGUAAUUUGAAUAAUAGAGAAAGCUAUAUUUAAUGUUUUUA